AUGAUCUUUGCCUUGUCGCGGACUCCUCAGCAGUAUGAAUCUCAGACAUUGCAGGAUAGAGCCUUAUCAGUCAUUCCUCUAGACCGUAUAUAUGCUGAAGCAGAGGAAAAGGGUAAAGCAGAUUCUUCUUGGGGUCAUCAAGACCAUGUUAUACGUGCGCUCAUGGCAUGGUUCAAGAAUGACUUCUUCACAUGGGUCAACAGCCCGGCGUGCUCCAGGUGUCAAGGGGAAACCCAAGGUCAAGGAGCGGGACAGCCGACAGAUCAAGAAAGACGGGAUGGAGCUGGGAGGACAGAAGUAUACUGGUGUCCUCACUGCUCAAGGCAGGAACGCUUCCCAAGAUAUGAUCAUCCAGCCAAGCUUCUGGAAACGCGACGUGGAAGAUGCGGAGAGUGGGCCAACUGCUUCACCCUCCUAGUCCGUGCCCUUGGUUCACGUGCACGUUGGGUUUGGAACGCUGAAGAUCACGUAUGGACCGAAGUUUGGUCAGAAAAGCAAGGUCGAUGGAUACACGCAGAUUCGUGUGAGAACGCGUGGGGUACGCCGAAGGUGUACGCCGAGGGGUGGGGAAAGAAGAUGAGCUAUUGCAUUGGCUUUGGAGUUGACAGUGUGCAGGACGUUACGCCACGAUACGUUCGAACCGAAAGUCAGAGUUUGCCUCGCAAUCGCGGGUCAGAAGAAACCUUGCGGAAGGCCAUCGUUGAUCUCAAUCGACAACUUCGUUCACACCUUCCACCGUCAGAAAGAGCUGUGCUCGAAGAACAAGAUGUAAAAGAGCUGGGAAACUUGGAGAAGCUGAAAUGGAACAGAGCACACGCUGAUGCUAUCCCAACAAAGACAGAAGAACUUCAGGGAAGACAGUCUGGAAACGCUGAAUGGAAGAGGGCAAGAGGAGAGGACGGAAAGGGCCCGGGAGCAGCCUAG